AUGGCGCCGUCUCGCGAGCUCCCCCUCCUCUUCCUCCUCGCCGCGGCGGCCUUCCUCGCCGCGGCGGUGGCGCAGGAGUACUGCAGCGACUCGCUGGCCGGCCUGACGGAGUGCCGGAGCUUCUUGUUCGGCGGCGCGGCGGCGCCCUCGCCCGCGUGCUGCGCCGCGUACGAGGCCGCCUUCGACGCCGACCCCUUCUGCCUCUGCUACGUCGCCGACGGCACGUUCGGGCGCGCCACCGGGUACGACGUCAACGUCUCCGACGCGCUCCGGAUCCCCGCCGGCUGCGGCCAGGCCGACCCGCCCAUCGAGCUCUGCAACAUGCAAGGGCUGGUGCUCCCUCCAUACGGGCCGCGGCCUCCGGUCACCGACGGCGCCAGCGCCAGCGCCGGCGCCUCUCCGACGGCGCAGCCGUCUUCAGGUCCAGAGCAUCUGAGCAGUCACUCUGAACUUGUUCUUAAUUUGUCAUGUCCUUGCAAGAGCCCUGUCAGAAACUCUGCUCUCUGCAGGAGGUGUCCUCCGACUCCAACAGCGAUUUCGAACGUAGUGGACCACGCCUCCGGUGAGUUCACUCAGGUGCUCUUCGAGGAUGUCGCCUCCGACCCCAUGCUGCCCCACACCAAGGCCGUCUUCUUCCAGGUCAACACCAUGUCUGAUGCCUAUCUUCUUCAGUUGGUUCAAAGUUUCGGAGUCCAUGCCUGA